UUUCUUUUUUGGUAGAGGCAUUUUAGAAAUGCUACUGGGAGUCUUAAGAGUGUGGGGCUGCUCUAAAUUUGUGAGCUCCAUUUUAAUUCCCCUUGAAAAUCUCGAUGUGGGCGGGGGCGAGCGCCAGGCUGUACGGAGGGGUGCCCCGGCGCUGGCCAUGAGGGUCAUGAGGGUAACCGUCCGGGGUCUGUGAGCCCCAUUCCCCGCCCACCCAUCAGUCUGGCCGCGCAUGCGCGGAGCUGGGACCGGAGAGUUGUCGGGUGGGAAAUGGCGGCUGCAGGUUUAGUUUCUGUGGCGGCGGCUGCGGAAUACUCUGGCCCAGUAGCGUCCGGAGGUAACCUCUCCGGUGUUAACUGCGGCCCAAGCUCUGGGGCAGGCCCUGGUCCUGGCCCAGGCUCGUGGAGUCGCUCUCUCGAUCGAGCCCUGGAGGAGGCGGCGGUAACUGGGGUGCUGAGCCUGAGCGGCCGGAAACUGAGGGAGUUUCCCCGGGGAGCGGCCAACCAUGACCUGACGGACACCACCCGAGCGGACCUGUCACGAAAUCGCCUCUCAGAAAUUCCUUUAGAAGCAUGUCACUUUGUUUCCCUUGAAAAUCUCAACUUGUACCAAAAUUGUAUUCGGUAUAUUCCAGAGGCGGUUCUAAACCUACAAGCGCUAACAUUUUUAAAUAUUAGUCGCAACCAACUGUCAACAUUGCCAGUACACUUGUGCAGUUUACCACUGAAAGUUCUAAUUGCAAGUAAUAACAAAUUGGUCUCACUUCCAGAAGAAAUUGGGCACCUCAGACACUUGAUGGAACUUGAUGUGAGCUGCAAUGAAAUUCAAACUAUACCUUCCCAAAUUGGCAAUCUGGAGGCCUUGAGAGACCUUAAUGUAAGAAGGAAUCACUUAAUACAUUUGCCUGAAGAGCUGGCAGAAUUGCCUUUGAUACGGUUAGACUUUUCAUGCAAUAAAAUUACGACAAUCCCUAUUUGUUUUCGAAACCUCAGGCACCUACAGAUGAUUACCCUAGAUAACAAUCCUCUACAGUCACCCCCUGCACAGAUAUGUAUAAAAGGAAAAAUCCACAUAUUUAAAUACCUGAAUAUACAAGCUUGUAAGAUUGCUCCAGAUCUGCCAGAUUAUGAUAGAAGACCCUUGGGUUUUGGCUCCUGCCAUGAAGAACUGUACUCAAGUCGCCCUUAUGGAGCCCUGGAUUCAGGUUUCAAUAGUGUGGACAGUGGUGAUAAGAGAUGGUCAGGGAAUGAACCUACAGAUGAAUAUUCAGAUCUGCCUCUUCGAGUAGCAGAGAUUACUAAAGAACAAAGACUGAGAAGAGAAAGCCAGUACCAAGAGAAUCGUAACAGUUUAGUAGUGACAAAUGGUGGAGUAGAACAUGAUGCGGAUCAGAUAGACUACAUUGACAGCUGUACUGCAGAGGAAGAGGAGGAGGAGGUGCGAGAGCUCAAGGGCUUGGACUCAGACAGCCUUAGUUCACAAUUUAUGGCAUAUAUUGAACAACGGCGAAUCUCUCAUGAGGGUUUACCAGUAAAGCCAGUUCCCAUUAGGGAGUUUCAAAAAACAGAAGAUAUGAAAAGAUAUUCACAUCAAAACAGGGUUCCAGUUGAUCCAUCAUUCUUGUCACUGUCACCAAGUCACAAUCAGAUGUCACAUACAGACUUGGAACUUCAUCGGAGAAGAGAACAAUUAGUAGAGCACACUCGGCAAGAGGCACAGCUUGCUGCCCUACAGUACGAGGAGGAGAAAAUAAGGACCAGGCAAAUUCAGAGAGAUGCUGUCCUGGACUUCAUUAAACAAAAAGCAUCACAAAGUCCACAAAAACAACAAUCCCCUUUAGAUGGUGAGUGUCCCUUCCCAUCCCGAAGGUCUCAGCACACUGAUGAUAGUGCCUUGUUAGUGUCUCCAUCAGGGUUGAAUCAAGUGGGCUGUGCUGCUACCCUGCCUCAUUCUUCCGCCUUUACACCUCUUAAGAGUGAUGACAGAUCUAAUGGUAUAUCAAGUUCACCUAUGAUGGAAACAGUUCAUCAUUCCCCUGCAUAUUCUUUUCCUGCUGGUAUCCAGAGAAAUCAGCCCCAGCGCCCUGAAAGUUUCCUUUUCCGAGCAGCUGUUAGGACAGAAACAAAUAAAGGUCGUGCAUCACCCCUUCCUCCAUCUUCUGCACCUACCAGUGACGCUACAGACUCUAUAACAAGACAGAAUUCAAAACAGAGAGAGGAAGAACUGGAAUUAAUAGAUCAACUACGGAAACAUAUUGAGUACCGGUUGAAAGUAUCUCUUCCUUGUGAUCUUGGAGCUGCUCUAACUGAUGGUGUUGUUCUUUGCCAUUUGGCCAAUCACGUGCGACCUCGAUCUGUCCCAAGCAUUCAUGUUCCCUCACCAGCUGUACCUAAAUUAACGAUAGCAAAAUGCAGGCGAAAUGUGGAGAAUUUCCUAGAAGCUUGCAGAAAAAUUGGUGUACCUCAGGAGCAAUUAUGUUUGCCUCUCCACAUUUUGGAAGAGAAAGGUUUGAGCCAGGUUGCAGUCACGGUCCAGGCUCUCCUAGAACUUGCCCCACCCAAGCAACAGCAGCACCAAUUAUCUGCUGUUUAAGGACUCCCAGGACCUUGGGCAGUGACCUAGCCAAAAGAAGGGACAGGACAUCGUGAUUGCUGCUGCCAGCUGUCUGCUUAAACAGAGCUCUGAUGUGUUCUUAGAAGGGACUGUUUCCGUGAUUCCUAACAGGAAUAUUUUCUUUCAUUUCUCCAUUUUAGGGGAGGUCAUAUCCAUUUCCAUUGAAUUUUUUAUGAAGACACAGUGGUUUUUCUCCAAUGAAACUUCUCUCAUUACUGAGAACCCAACAAUGUAGCCUAAACUGGCUGGGCUUUCCUAGAGAGCUGGCUUAUUUCACAUCAGAAAGCAUAUCUUGCCGGGUGCGGUGGCUGAUACCUAUGAUCCUAGCACCUUGGGAGGCCAAGGCGAUUGGAUUGCCUGAGCUCACCGGUUUGAGACCAGCCUGAGCCAGAGUGAGACCUUGUGUCUAAAAAUAGCUGGGCAUUGUGGCAUAUGUCUGUAGUCCUAGCUACUUGGGAGGCUAAGGCAAGAGACUCACUUGAGCCCCAAAGUGUGAGAUUGCUAUGAGCUAUGAUGCUACAGCACUCUACCCAGGGCGACAAACCGAGACUUUGUCUCAAAAAAAAAAAAAAGCAUAUCUUCUCGGGAAAGUCUUGACCUCUCUCAGGGGCAGAAGUAUGCUAUUAUCGCUACCUGGUCUCCAGACGUCUACAGUCCACUGGUUUCUAAACUUUUUUAUUCAUUAGACUCUCCUGGAGCAUUUGUUAAAAUAUAUAUUUGGGCCAGGUGUGGUGGCUCACUCCUAUAAUCUCACCUGUUUGGGAUGCUGAGAGGAGAGAGGAUCACUUGAGUCCAGUUCAAGUGUUCAAAAUUCGCUGGGCCCAGUGGCUCAUGCCUAUGAUCCUAGCACUCUGAGAGGCCGAGACAGGUGGAUUACUUGAGUUCAGGAAUUCAAGACCAGCCUGAACAAGAGGGGGACUCCAUCUCUACUAAAAAUAGAAGAACUAGUCAGGCAUGGUGGCAAGUGCCAGUAGUCCCAGCUACUUGGGAGGCUGAGGCCAUAGGAUUGCUUGAGCCCAAGAGUUUGAGGUUACUGUGAUGUCAGGGCACUCUACCCAGGGCAACAGAGUGAGCCUCUGUCUUAAAACAAAAACAAAAAAAAAAGUUCAGGGUUUCAGUAAGCUAUGAUCACACUACUGCACUCUAUCCUGGGUGACAGAGCAAGACCUUGUCUCCAAAAAAACAAAACACAAAAAACUUUGCUUUCAGUAGGUCUGGAGUGUAGCCUAAGAACCUGCAUUUUCAGCACAUUUCAGGUGUUUUUCAUGUAGUAGAGGCCACUAUUCCAAGAUAGAUAUUUGUAAGUUUUGUGGCAUUUGCAGCCACAUUUAAAAUUAAAAGCUACAUUAUGAUGACUUGGAUAUUCUGGCAAAGGCAAAACAAAAACAAACAAAAAAGGCCUAGAUUUUGUAGAGUGAAACAGUAAAGCAAAUAAAGCCAGUGUUCUAGGCUUCCUUCCAAUUCUAGUCCACCACUAUGUCAUCUUUUUUUUUUUUUUUUUUUUGUAGAGGAUUGCUUAUAUAUCAUCCUGCUAUUAUCUAAAUAAGGGAUGUUCAACCUUUUUUCUUCUCUGCCGCACACACAGUGAAAGAACAAGAGUUGUCUUGGGGCUGGGUGCCUAUAGCUCAGCAGCUAGGGCACCAGCCACAUGCAGCAGAGCUGGCGGGUUCGAAUCCAGCCUGGGCCUGCCAAACAACAAUGACAACUAAAACCAAAAAAUAGCCAGGCAUUGUGGUGGGUGCCUGUAGUACCAGCUACUUGGGAAGCUGAGGCAAGAGAAUCGCUUAAGCACAAGAGUUUGAAGUUGCUGUGAGUUGUGACACCAUGGCACUCUAGCAAGGGUGACAUAAUGAGACUGUGUCUCAAAAAAAAAAAAAAAGUUGUCUUAGGCUAAACAGUAAAUAUUAUAUACAAACAAAAAUGAAAGCUGAUGAGCAAAAUAAAAGGUCCGCACAUACUUUUUGUGAUAUCCGAUAACCACAGAUAAGCAAAAAAGUCCUCAUAAAAUCAGCAUGCAGGCCACAGGCUGCAAGUUGGACACACCUGAAUUCUAAGUAUUUUUACACAGGUUCCAAAUCGUUCAGCUGGUGGCAGGUGUUGCUCUGUGACAUCUGCAUUGAUUUCACUGAGCCACCCUCAACACCCCACCACCCCCACCAUGCUGCUCCUGGACACCUGGACCUGCAGACACAUUCCCUGCACAGCAGAUGUACCUCUAGCUCCCAGCUAAUGGAAGAGAUGAGAAGAAAGCACAAGAGAAUAAAGGAAAGCCAAGUUUCCUAUACUUCUUACAGGUGUCUGCCAGUUUCUGUGGCUCAAUUAAAGCACUUAUGGUAUCUUAAAAAACAGCUUCCUGUCGGCUGGGCGUGGUGGCUCAUGCCUGUGUUCCUAGCACUCUGGGAGGCCCAGGCGGCUGAAUGGCCUGAGCUCACAGGUUCGAGACCAGCCUGAGGAAGUGCAAGACCACAUCUCUCAAAAAUAGCCGAGCAUUGUGGCGGGCACCUUUAGUUUCAGCUAUUUGGGAGACGUGAGACAAGAGAAUCGCUUGAGCCCGAGUUUGAGGUUGCUGUGAGCUGUGAUGCUACAGCACUCUACCGAGGGCAACAAAGUGAAACUCUGUCUCCAAAACAAACACACACAAAAAAAAACAGCUUCCUUUCUACAUCAAGCUCACCAUCUGGCUCUGUCUUACAUACUCAAUUGAAUGUGGAGUAAAAGGCCCCACGCUCACACACACAGUCUGGAGCUUUUAUUCAAGUCUAAACCACCUGGGUUUUUCUUCCCUUGUAUUUUCUUCCCCUAUUAAUCGUCAGUGAUUUAUCUCUUGGUGGUCACUGCCUUUGUAAACCAAGUAAAGAGAGUAAGUAAAGAUAAUAGUUACCUAGGGUUUUUUUUUUCCUGCAGUUGUUAACUGUUCUGGAUUUUCUUUACCAGUGUGUGCAUUUAAGCAUAAUGUUUUCCCCCUUUUUAUCAUGUAAAUGUAGCAUCUAAAAGUAGUUUGGGAUAAAAUCACAUUGAGUCUUUACUGGCCAAAGUAAAGUUUUCUUUCUUGUUUUGGCAGAGAAACAAGUUUAUCAGAACAUUACCACUCUGUCCCAGUUUAAAGUUGUAUAACAUAGAAUGUCUGAAGUUAAAGCCGUCCUUCAAGGUCCUCACAGAACUAAAGUUAAAUGUCUUAUUAGUGCUUACUGGCAGACCCCAUUUUAUUUACAAUUCCAGACAGACCCACCAAUCAUAUAACUGUUCAGAAUUAAGCUGUCUACUUUUAAACUGUAGCUAUUUUUCCUUUUAGUCACCAUUUAACCUCAGUACAAUCUCCAAUUACAUGGCAUCAGAAAUAGAAACUCAGCAAAGGACAGGACUGUUUUUAACAAAUUAUGCAAUGAAUAAUUUCAAGAGACAUUACAUAAUGCAAUACUUGCAACAUUUACAACUAAUUUUCCCAUAGGAAUAAAUGGAAAUUUCAACUUUAUAAUUUUGCACCUAACAUGAAACCUUAUUAAUGUAUUUUUAUCAAACUAAUUCAAAUUUAUAUGUGAAUUGUUUAAAAAAUUUUGGGUAUAGUUUUGGUUGAUAAUGAAGAAAAGUAGCAAAUAUAUUGAAUUUUUUUUCUGUGUCAAAAUGCAAAAACAAGUCAUGAUGCUUUUGUUGAAUUUUUGUAUUCACUGUUUUGUAUGUAUACUUUUUUUCUUAAGCUGGAAAGAAUCUAUUCAGUUUAACCUUUAGCCUUUAGUCUAGACUCCAAUGUAAGAUGAUGACCUUAUAACAGUUCCUGCAGACCAGAAGCAGUAACCUUCCCAGCACUGAAAGUAUGAACAGGCUGAGAGUUCCCCCAGCAGGGCCCCUGCCACCUACAGAGAUUUUAUGUCAGUAGUUUCUAGGCUUUCAAGCUCAACUCUGGUUAGCACUCCAAACCAAUUUUCUCUGGAAAUAAACAGGUCUGGAGACAACUCAAUGGGAGGAGGGGCCUUUGUAUUUGGCUAGAACACAGAGUAGGAAAAUGCUUAGUAGUAAGUUACUUCCCUUAAUAGCUUUUUAAAAUACAGCCUUACAGCUAAUCAAGGAGUUUGUUAUUUUUUUACUUUCUGUAGCUCUGCAGUGACUAAUGAUGUGUGACUAUGCUGAUGAGUCUCAUGAACUUUUAAAACCUAAGCACUUAAAUGGUUUUAGAUAUGAAGGAAACAUGGAUAUUUAGAAGUUCUUUUAUAUAUACAUUGCAGUAAUGGUUGAUAGCAGAUUUCUUUUUAUUUCUGAAAAUGUUGUAAACAUGUAAUUAGUAAAAAAUUUUGUAAAACACUGUCCUAUAUUUGUAUGUCUGUAAAUAUACUGUAUAAGUUCUAAGUAUAAAUAUGUCAAUAUCGUGUGUGUUAUUUUAAUUGCCUGUAUGCCACCUUACACCUUGACAUUAAAAUAAAAGCCAACACUUCAGUAGCAUGUAAU